AGCGACAAGGCCUAACAGUUUGAAAUGUUCAUCGUAAGUUCGUCGAUUUGUGUAAAUGUUUUUGGUGUUUUCACAUUUACUGUUAUAUCCGUCUUCUUUUAUAUCCGAUACAAAUUAAGUUAUUGGAAAAGAAAAGGAAUUCGUUCACCAUCCACUCACUGGUUAUUUGGAAACUUUGAAGAUGCAAUUCUUGGUCGGUUGUCUGUUGGCAAUCUCCUCGGUAAACUCCACAAGGAAGCAGGAGAUGAGCCAUUUAUUGGAAUUUACAUAAUGCAUAAACCAUUUUUCCUGAUUAGAGAUCCAGAGCUGAUUAAACAAGUUUUCGUGAAGGAUUUUCAAUUCUUUCAGAAUCGUUAUUUUGCUUCAGAAAAAUCCAAAGACCUUAUUGGUAGCACUGGAAUCUUUUCUAUUAACAAUCCUGAAUGGAAAUAUUUGAGAAUGAAGCUUUCGCCAGCUUUUUCUAGUGGAAAACAGAAAAAACUUUUCUCGCUGAUGAUAGAGUCUUCGGAGAAUAUGAGAAAGUUUCUUCGCGGACAUUUUAACGAAAGUGGAGAAGUGCAAAAUUUCGAUACUAAAAUGGUGUCUGUUAGAUACGUCAUAGAUGUUAUAUCUUCCCUUGCUUAUGGAGUGAGAACCAAUUCCUUUGGAAAUGAUGAAGAAUUUUUCAACCGGAGUCGUGAACCUUUUAAACCAUCCUUCAUAGGGACAAUUUUUCGCUUUGCGAACUUUUUUUUCCCGCUUCUCUCAAAUUUCAUCAGUUUUUUUAAAAGUGGUAUAUUAGGUAAUUCUACGAAUUAUUUUCGCACUUUGUUUUGGGAUGUGAUGAAUCAACGAGAAAAUUCAGGAAUUAAACGAGGAGAUUCCAUUGAUACUUUAUUGGAAAUAAAACACGAGAGGGAUCAGUUAGAUUUCGAUAUUCCGGAUGAUACACUUUUGGCGCAGCCAGUUAUUUUCUCUAUAGCUGGCAUCGAAAGCAGUUCUAUAACAAUUGCACUAACACUUAUGGAAUUGGCAAAAAAUCUUGAUCUUCAACAUAAAGUAAGAAAAAAUGUUCAAGAAGAGUUAGAAAAACACGGAUUUUCUUAUGAAGGCAUUCAAGGAAUGAAAAUUUUAUAUCAGGCCAUUUCUGAAACUCUGAGGCUUUAUCCCCCUGCGCCAAUUAUUGACAGGGUUGCAUUGCAAGAUUAUAAAAUUCCUGGAACAAACAUCAUAUUAGAAAAAGGUACGGCCGUUUAUGUAGCUCUCAAUGGCCUUCAUGAAGAUACCAGAUUUUAUAAAGAUCCAUUAAAAUACGAUCCCGAUAGAUUCAGUGCGGAAAGGAAUGGUGAUAUUGUUCCUUGUACUUAUAUUCCUUUUGGAGUUGGUCCCAGAGCUUGCAUAGGAGAGCGAGUUGGAAUGCUGCAAACAGCGGUUGGAUUGGCAACAAUACUACAAGACUAUGAAGUUGCUUUAAGCCCUUUGUACAAAUAUGGAUUAAAUCCACGAAAAAUUUUUAUUCAACCGACCGAUGGAGUCAAAUUAGAUUUCAAACAAGUUUCCAGCUAGGAUAAAUAAAUUCUGCUCGUAUUUAGAAAAUACAUUUUUAAAGAAAAUUAAAUAAAUGUGAAAUAAAAUUCUUAGAUAGACUGUUAUAAAUGUAACUUUUUCGAAUUUUCAUAUAGUAUUUAAA